UAAUAACUUGCCUUCCUUUCUGCCCCUGCUGUCACCAGCCGUGAGUAAGCUGGGCGGCGUAUACAUCCUCAGCACGCUCGCGACGUCCAGUAUCGAGGAGGUGGCCGAGGCGGCCCCGGAGUGCACCCGCUGGUUCCAGCUGUACAUCUACAAGGAGAGGAAGGUGACGGAGCAGCUCGUGCGGCGCGCGGAGCGGGCGGGCUACAAGGCCCUCGUGCUCACGGUGGACGCGCCCGUGUUCGGCUUCCGGCGCGCGGACGUGCGCCACAAGUUCACCCUGCCCUCGCACCUGCGCCUCGCCAACUUCACCGACUGCCAGGACGAGCACAAGUCCAAGGGGGUGUCCACGGCCGAGUCGGGCUCGGGCCUCAACGAGUACGUCGCCAAGCUGUUCGACCCCUCGCUCAGCUGGAGUGACGUCGCGUGGCUGAAGAGCUUCACCUCCCUGCCCAUCGUCAUCAAGGGGGUGCUGACCAAGGAGGACGCGCUCAUGGGCGUGGAGCACGGCGCGGCCGCCAUCUUCGUGUCCAACCACGGCGCCCGCCAGCUGGACGGCACCCCUGCCUCAAUCGAGGCUCUUGCUGAAAUAACUGCGGCAGUAAAUGGGCGCUGCGAAGUUUACGUGGACGGCGGCUUUACCCAGGGCUCCGACAUAUUCAAGGCUCUCGCCCUGGGCGCUGAUAUGGUACGGACCCCAAUA